AUGCCAUCCAUAUAUCCUCCCGUUCUGCCUCUACUUCCAUCUCCAGAACAACACUGCUUACCCAUAACCAUCUUGCUCACGAUACCACAUCACGCGUCAACCCACGACGAAACCACCACACCACACUAUACCAAGAUCACCACCAGCAUCAUCAUGACCCACCCAACCCUCACCAGCACCCUCAUCCUCAUCCUCACCCUCAUCGCCGCCACCAACGCGUUCCCCCUAGUCAGCGCCGCGGACGCCAAACCAAACCCGCCAGCGUGGAUGCACGCGGCCACCGUAUGGCUCAUUUUCUACGACGUCGUCGUUGUGGGCCUGUUUGUUUGGAUUUGGGCAUGUGGAUAUCUUGUCAGGAAGAGAGAGGCUGAGUGGAUAGCGAGCGGCGGGAGGAGCAGGCACUCACUGAUUGAGACGGAGAUGAGGAGGAUUGGGAUGUGGUGA